UGGAGGUGGAAUUAACAGUAAGAAGGAGAAAGGGAUUGAAUGGAUUUACAGGAAGGUUUUCAAGUAAAUUCAGGCAAACACGUUUACUUGAAUAGUACAACCUUGAGUCUUAUUUUACACUAAGAGGACACAAACGAUGUUAAAGUUAUCACCAAGCUGCCGGACAGAUAUCGAUUCCAACACCAAGGUGCAGAUCAGCAUAGAUCUGUGAUUCAGAAAUCAGGAUUUGUCUUGGAAAGAGCUUAAUGCUUGAGAAGAACCCAAGAGCAAGUGAAGACAACGUUGGGAACUACAGUUUAUCAGAAGAUCAACUUUGGUUCAUUCAGAUCCCAAAGGCCUGAUUGCCACCAAUUCACAUAGGAAUGCAUAGGUCAUCUGAUCAAAUAAUAUUAGCCGUCUUCUGCUACAUCUAUGCAGCAAAAACUCUUAACAACUGUGGAUAAUUGGAAAUCCGAGUUUCAGCUUUCCUAGAAGUAACUCCACUUGACACAUUCCACAAUAUUUAAAAUAGACCAGGAAAAACCACUGAGGAUGCUGUGCUCAGAAAUGUCACUGUCAUGAAGAAUAGGUAAAUUUGUUUUUCGUGUUUUUCAGCUACUGGAACGGUGCACCACCCGGGAACUUAGAGUUUUCUUUGGGGGAAAGAAGGACUACAUUUAUCAACGUUUCCUUUUUGGACAAACAUGCAUCUGACUGUAUUUUUACUUAGGGGUCUUGUGGGUUUCCUCUGGGGCUGCUGGGUGCUAGUGGGUUAUGCCAAAGGAGGUUUGGGAGACAAUCAUGUUCACUCCAGUUUUAUUUAUAGAAGACUACGAAACCAUGAAAGACGGGAAAUACAGAGGGAAAUUCUCUCUAUUCUGGGCUUGCCGCACAGACCCAGACCUUUCUCACCUGGGAAGCAAGCGUCCUCUGCGCCGCUCUUCAUGCUGGACCUGUACAAUGCCAUGGCCAACGAAGAAAACCCCGAGGACACGGAGUAUUCCGUGAGGGCAUCCCUGGAAGGAGACACCAGGGGGGCAAGAAAAGGGUACCCAGCCUCUCCCAAUGGGUAUCCUCGUCGCAUACAGUUAUCGCGCACGACUCCCUUGACCACCCAGAGCCCUCCUCUAGCCAGCCUGCAUGAUACCAACUUUCUGAACGAUGCUGACAUGGUCAUGAGCUUUGUCAACUUAGUUGAAAGAGACAAGGAUUUCUCUCACCAACGAAGGCAUUACAAAGAAUUUCGAUUUGAUCUUACUCAAAUUCCUCAUGGAGAAGCAGUAACAGCAGCUGAAUUCCGGAUAUACAAGGAUCGGAGCAACAAUCGAUUUGAAAAUGAAACAAUUAAGAUUAGUAUAUAUCAGAUCAUCAAGGAGUACACAAAUAGGGACGCAGAUCUGUUCCUGUUAGACACGAGAAAGGCCCAAGCUUUCCAUGUGGGUUGGCUUGUCUUUGACAUCACAGUGACCAGCAAUCAUUGGGUGCUUAAUCCACAGAACAAUUUGGGCUUACAGCUCUGUGCAGAAACAGGGGACGGACGCAGUAUCAAUGUAAAAUCUGCUGGUCUCGUGGGAAGACACGGGCCUCAGUCAAAACAACCUUUCAUGGUGGCCUUCUUCAAAGCAAGCGAGGUCCUUCUUCGCUCUGUGCGAGCAGUUAACAAACGGAAAAAUCAAAAUCGAAAUAAAUCCAGCUCUCAUCAGGACUCCUCCAGAAUGUCCAGUGUUGGAGAUUAUAAUACAAGUGAACAAAAACAAGCCUGUAAGAAGCAUGAGCUCUAUGUGAGUUUCCGGGACCUGGGAUGGCAGGACUGGAUCAUAGCACCGGAAGGCUAUGCUGCAUUUUAUUGUGAUGGAGAAUGUUCGUUUCCACUCAAUGCUCAUAUGAAUGCCACCAACCAUGCCAUCGUCCAGACUCUGGUUCAUCUGAUGUUCCCCGACCAUGUACCAAAGCCUUGCUGCGCCCCAACCAAAUUAAAUGCCAUCUCCGUGUUAUACUUUGAUGACAGCUCGAAUGUCAUUUUGAAAAAAUACAGAAACAUGGUUGUACGUUCAUGUGGCUGCCAUUAAGAUUAAAUAAUAACGGUAAUAGCAAAAGAACUGUAUUAAAAUUUAUGUCUGCAAUAAAAAAACAUACUUUCAGAAAAAGGGACAUUUACUAAAAUUAUUUUGACUCAUUUCAUCUUUCUAUGUACAAUAUCAUGUGUGUAGUCAUUUUUAUUUAUUUAAAGAUCUAUAGGCUGCUUUGUGGUUGCAUUAUCAAUGAAAUCUAUCUUACAAGGUACAAACGUUUGCCCAUAAUAGAUUACCCAGCCUCCCUUGCAGUGAGACACAUUGAGUCCCAUUCAAUUCCAUGUCAACAUUUUUUUCCUGAUAUAAUUUGUAUGUAGUUUUAUGAAAUCAGACGGAAUGCCUUUGACUGUUUAAUCUUGUUUGAGGAAGUUUAAUAGUUGGGCUAUGUUGUGCCAAUGAAAGCUAUAAUAGGAUAUUUUUUUAGAAAUAAAACUUAAAAAAAUAACCCAAACAAAACUGCUUGGAUGAAUAUAAUUUUUCUUUUAGCCUUUUUGUUUCUUUAAAUAAACUGAAAUGUUGAACUGGAUUUGAAUAAAUAAAUGGCAGGCAGAACAUAGAAACGGAAAGAUUGCACAUAAUUGUUAUAAGUGUUUGCUUUCUCAGAAUUGGUGUAACUGCAGCAGCUUGCUCCUUCUUGGCUCGAGGACUGUAGAUUUUGCCAUGAGCUCAAAGCUUUAGGUAUCGUGUGGAGACAAGCUAGAGGCUAGGACCAUAACCCUCCAAGUUAGCACCAAAAACUGUAGUACAACCUUCUUACCUCAAAUAGAUCAUGUCUGCCUAGCAUCUGCAAUACUACUGUUGCAGAUUUCUCUCUCUCCAGAUUUAAUAACUUUGUCCAAAAUAAAGAGACAUUGACAUGGGCUGCUCUCUACAGAAAAGAGUCACCGUGAGUAAGACGUAGCAGAGCAGAAAAUGUCAACUGAGCCAGCUUCUUGCGUUGCUUAUACCCAAAUUGUAUAUAAUUUAUAAAUAAAGUUGUAACCUGAUUGAUGCAAUGCAAGGGAUUUUAUUUGAGGUAAAAGCAAAGAAACUAGAUUGGGGAAAAUUACCAAAUAUCUUAGGAUGGAUUUGAAGGCAUUACCGUUUUGAAAGAACAGCUGAAGUCCAUUUCUCAUAUCUUUGAAAAUGAGCUCAACAAAAAUGUUAUUUGAUAAGCAGAUUUUGUAAAGCUUCCUCCAAGUACAAAUAAUUCUAAAUGGGAAGUUCCUGUUGUGCAUGUGUGUGUGUACAUGUGUGUUCUUCCCUCUGACAUGAAUUUAUUGUCCUCUGUUAAAAUGCCUUCAAAGACUUCUCUAUAGAAGUUUGUGUGACCUGUCUUAUUGUUAACUUGCUAUUUUGGGUGGCUCCCAUAAUUAGGGCUAUUUACAGUGCAUCUAAAAUUAUUCCUAAAGGACCAUUUACUAAAUAUUCCUUAAUAUUCUGUAAAGCUUUCUUAUAUCAGAAAUAGAUUUAAAAAACAAUAUGGGUUUGUUUUUAAUUCAGGUAUGUUGGAAUGUUUUAAAAUACAAUUUAUCUUAAAGAAAAUUUGAAGAUAGCUAUAUUGGGGGUGCAUUAAUUAAUAUAUUUUUGAAAUAAUGGUGUACCAUUGUAAGAAUA